CAGUCACAACUGGGAUUUGCUGUAUUGUCUUCAUGACUGUAGGCCUACUUGUUUUUGUAGUCUACAUGAAAACGUUAUCAACGAAUGCCUGUGUGCCCUGAUUUGAAACCGCGUACAGCUUUAUUUUGUGAGUGGUCAUUACAGACGGUUGCAUGGGGGAGGAGUUCUGUACUUUUAAGGGAGUUGGGAAGCGAAGGAGGAGAGGGAUGAAAGUUUUUGUCGGAGAAACGUGAAAGAGGGAUUGAGAGUUCAGGGCCAGGAAAUAGAAUGCGAAUGCAUUUUUUUAAAGGGUCGUAAGCAUGAGAAUGGAUGCUGUUUGCGAGUUACUCUCGGCAGCGAUCCUUGUAGCUUAACCCUCUGGGGUUUGUGGACAUAAUUGAAUGUGUAAAAAGUGUUUUUAUUUGAAGAUGUUUUAAUAAAGAGUAUCUGCCCCUGUCUCUCAAGCUCUCUCUCUCAACCCCUCUCUCUCUGUCUAUCUCGUGCUUUUAACAGGAUGCUGUUACUUCUUUUAUAGCGAGGGCGUCUGAGCUCCGUUUCCUGACUUUCUAAGCCAAGUUUGUGCGCGCGCGUGUGCGUUUCUGUGGCUGCGUGUGUUUCCUCGCAGAGUUUAAGGGAAAAGAGAGCGCGAGAGACAUAGUUCAUGGAAUGCUGUGAUGUCAUCAGCUCAGUCACACACAAAGACGAGGAGGACACACAAGCACGCACUCUCCCGUUGAGUCAACUCUGCUCUGGAGCGUCUUGCUGCACCCCACUGCUGAGAGAUGGACGCCGGGAACUGAUGUCCGUCGUCGGGAGAGUCGCCCCAAGAAGCCGUCCCCGACUUGUGUACGAGUGCAUUGUUUGUGCGCGCGAGUUUGUGUGCGAGUUUCGGGGAAAGGCCUUUAUGGACGCGGCCGGUAUUGCUCUUUGACCCUCUUCGACUCCACAUGAGGUCUGUUUACAAACCAGCUUCCUGCCUCAACCACCUGCCGCUGUGAGGAGGACAUCUCCCCCCGGCGACCCCUCCUCCCUCCCUCCCCCCCACACCCUCACGUCGCUCCCCCAGCGGUGGACCUCAGCACACAUCCCUCCACACCCCCACCCCCCACCCUCAACCUCCCCUCCUGCCCCUCAUCGGAGCUGGGGUAAACCCGCGUCUCGCCAGCGGACUCCCGCCCCGCGGGCCCAGCCACCAUGCUGCAGCAGAUCCUCAAGGACAUGUACAUCGACCCAGACGUGCUGGAGGCCCUGAACGAGGACCAGAAGAAGACGCUGUUCCUGAAGAUGCGCCAGGAGCAGGUGCGGCGCUGGACGGAGCGCGAGGAGAAGGGGCAGGCCGAUGGGAGGAGCUCCGAGGCCCUCGCCGCCAAGCCAAAGACAGCCAACCGGAAGAGCGUGACGUGGCUGCUGGGUCGCGAUGGAGACGUGGCCGUCAUGGUGAUCGGGGACUCGGACGAGCCGAGGAGCGCCAGGCUCAUCGGCACCAGCCUGGAGGACAAGACCAGCCCCUACCAGCUGAAGGCAACACUGAAGAGCAUCUUGGUGAACAAAACAACAGCAGCGGAAUCAGGAAGAGCCGUGAGAGAAAACCACCAUCCCAAACCACAGACUGGGAUACAUCUCAAUUUGAAGGGCAACGCUGAAGAAGUAAGCUGCUCGCCCCCUCUACAGCCUCCAGAGACCACGCGGGCUCCUGAGGAGAGCAAGCCGUCCGUCACCUUCUACAGGCCUCACAUCCGAGUCGGCCCUGCCGCUCAGAGGCACAUCAGCGUGUCCUCCCCGCCUCCGGCCUCCGUCGCGACCCCGGCCUCCCCGGCCUCGGUCUCCACCCCGUCCCCGAGCUCAUCAGCAGCAGGCAGCCCCAGCCCAGACCUCGUCCAGCUCCCUGGCCUCCGCCCCCAGGCCCCGCCCUGCCUCUGCCCGCGUCCUCCGCUCCCCCGGCCCUGGCGCUGGCUCGAUGCUCGGCCCCGGCUCUGGCGCUGGCUCGCGCCUCAACCCCCAGCCUCUACCUCUGCUUCAGCCCCAGCCCCAACCCCAAAUCCAGCCCCGACCCCCUCGCUGGCCCUUUCCCCCCCUCCUCUGCCCCGACCUCCAGCAGCACGGCCAGUAAGACCCCGACUCCGACCCCUCCUCCUCCCUUGAGCAGACUCCACCACAGGAGCCCCUGGAGCCCCCCCCACAGGAGUUCCCAAGCAAACAGAGGUGAGCACGCAAAGGAUUGU